AUGGCUUCUAUCGAAGAUGUGGACAAGCCGUACCCCGCGAGAACAACAACAACACUCGGUGGUAUCAUUUGCAAAUAUAGGCGCAAGCAGACAGGGAACGUCAAGCAAACUGAAGUGAGGCCACAGGGAACCGUCUUCUCUUUACCUCAAUCGUCAUUUCACCAAUACCCUAAAUUACAACUCACUGAUGACCAAAAAAAAAUGUUGGCAGAGGACCCAACUAAUGAUUACUCAAAGGUGCUGAAAAUGCUGCUAAGUGUUGAUAAUGGCGACCUCAUCAAACUCGCUCAGUCAUUCCCCGCUGGUGACAUUGAACGCAGACAAAAAGUGGUGGAAUUUGGCAUAUCUCUGAAAGCAUAUUAUCAUCUGAACAGCUCUGUAUUCAGUGACAUCAUCAAACUAAAAAAAGCUGAAGUCCUCGCAGAUUUAUAUGACCAGCAUUCUCAGUUUCGACCAAUAAUAUUGGAAAUGAAAAAACUUGUUGAUCAGAUCCAGCAUUGCAGUGAAUAUGACCACGCUUUUGAAUCUUUUAGUGAGGAACGCUGUUGGCUAUGCCCCGAAGCGGGAUUCCAAACAAUCAAUUCUAUGGUCUCGAUUAGAACUCCAAAACUGGCAGAUAAACGUUUCGUGGAAAUCAAAGUUACACAAUUGUCGUUAUUGAAUAAAUUGGCACAGGCUGGGGACCCAGAAUCAAUUGCACAAAUGGCUAAAAUAGGGCAGCAAAGGGAAGCAGAAUCCGAUACGCCGAGAGAUGGCAUGCUUCAAACAUCUCAUCUGUGCGAACCAGUACAUGCAAAUACUCUAGGAGGACACAGGAGGUGCUACAACCCCGCUCAUCUGAUCGCUGAGUCUUCUCAACAGAACAAUCGCCGAAAAAAUUGCCUCGGUGUGGUCCGCCUCGCUACUGGUGAGUUACUGAAUGUCUGCCCUCACGGUACCAAAUUGAUCAAUGGUCAAUGGAUCAAUCGCUGCCUAGGACAAAGGGAGCCCUCGAUCGACGGUGAGUUGAGUGCAGCUCAAGAGGCAUAUUUAGCGCCCGGUGUACCUCGCAAGACGCCUGAUGAGCAGCACGCUUCUCGCUCCACAGACUUUCCACGAGCGGCCCCUCCGUCCGCGCAGCCGAGCACACAGUUCGAAUCAAACUUGUUCAAGUCUGCUGAAGAUGAGCAGAGGAAAUAG